CAAGAAACCGCAGGCAGACCUCACCAUCCCCUCCCCUCCCCAGCAGCCAGCCUCCCCCGCGAACGAACCCUAGCCAGGCACGGCGGCGGAUCCCUCGGGCGGCCCGGAGCCACGGCCGCCGCGAUGAUGGACGGCGGCGGCGACCCCGUCGACGAGUUCCUCAUCGGGGGCGCCGGCGACGGCGGGGAGGGCCUCGCCGCCUUCUGCGACGGAGGACUUGGGAUUGAGGAUGUCAGCGGAGGUGACUCUGGUCUUGGGCACUCUAAUUUGGGGAAAAGGGCCAGAGAUGAACCAUCUUCAUCUGGUCCAAAGUCAAAGGCUUGCCGCGAGAAAAUGCGGAGGGAUAAACUGAAUGACAGGUUUCUUGAAUUAUGUUCCGUUAUGAAUUCUGGCAAGCACAGUGGUCUUGAAGAAUGUUCGGCUAGCAAUUCUGGGAAGAACGCUAAGUUGGAUAAAGCAAGUAUCUUGAGCGAUGCAACGCGUAUGUUGACACAGCUCAGAGGUGAGACCGAAAAGCUGAAGGAAUCAAAUUCGAAUCUUCGAGAGACAAUCAAGGACCUUAAGGUGGAGAAGAAUGAGCUCCGAGAUGAGAAGUUGAGCCUGAAGGCAGAAAAGGAAAGGCUGGAGCAACAACUCAAAGCAGCAAGUGCUGCUCCUACAGGAUUUGCUCCUCAUAUGCCUUAUCCAGCUGCAUUCCACCCUGCCGUCUACCCUCCAUUUGCACCACCCUAUCAAGUCCCAGCCAACAAAGGAGCUCCGAUACCCGCUGCAUUCCCUGGAAUGGCGAUGUGGCACUGGUUGCCCCCAACCGCCAUGGACACAACUCAAGAUCCAAAGCUUUGGCCGCCGAAUGCUUAGGCGCGCCGACCCUGGGAUGCUCGACUUGCGCUGCCAUUCGCCCAUUGGCAAGUCAGAACGUUUGUCAGGUCCCUGAGAUGAAAGGAAGCUCGCAAUUGCAGUUAUUGUGUUUAGCCUGUUGUUUUGGGGUCACUUGUCCCAUAGAGAGGUGAUACCUGUAAUUAAUCUGGAUCUUAACCCUCUUGCUUGGAAAAUAUAUUCAGUGCUACCAUACCUCUUGUAUGAGUGUUAUGUAUGGAAUUGCACUGGUCUGUUUCUUGAGUUUCUACCUACAAGUACUUGUGUGAUGCAUUUGGCAGUACCUGUUUUGUUUAUAUAAAGUUGAACAUGUGAGCACUUGCAUAGCUGAUCUUUGAA